UCUUUGUGCCGGAUGCUUUUGUGUGCCAGAACUUGCGCUGGGGAAAGAGGACCCCGACACGCUGACCAGCGUAUGCUGCCUUGCCUUUCGGUUGCAUCGUUGGGAUCGCUACGAAAAAACCACGCUACUCUACAAGAGGGCUUUAUCUGGCUACACUACAACUCUUAGCCCAGAUAAUCCAAGAACUCGGGCAUGCCUAGAUCAUCAGCUUUCGCUCGAGCAGUUGUUACACAGACAUGGAACUGGCAGUUUAAAUCGUGGUUCAAGGCAUGAACUAAGACACGAAGUUCACGACAACAGUACUCAUCUGCCCUAUCCUGGCCCCCUAAUGAUUAGGUUACCCAAAGCAGAGUCGCCACUAAAAGAGCACUGGUGGCGAAAAUUUAAGAAGAAGGCACACAAGGCAUAAGGUAGCACUAGCUAUAUAUUGUAUUUGCUUGUAGUAAAGUGUACAUCGGACUUAAUUAUUAAAUACAAGUAGACAGUGUAGUAAGCAGGUAUCGUAGUGGUGAGUCACGGCACAGAAGUGGCGCGGCGUCAACGGUUGCCACCACAAGCUGAGAGCAUGGCCGACCCGUUCCUGCCCUGACCUUGCCCUCGAGGCGAUGCUGCGAGUCGUCAAAAAAUGUGAAAAUGCUAUGUUAGUAAUUCUAGGUGGUGUGCAGCCGGGCUCCACGGCGGAAAUUAAAAAGCGCGCGAGACCUAGAUAAGCCCCCGACAGAAGCUUGGCACGUAGCAUGCCCUGGCAACCGAUCGCUAGAACAAUGCAACGACUCUUUUGUCAUCGUUUGUAUUGAGACUUGCACGUUUCUCCCCACACAUCGACAACCGCCAUUUCUCUCUUCCUCCGUUGUCCAGGCCAAGACCUGCGCGGACGCAUGGCUGGCCAACGUCCGCGCUGCCAGGGGGGCGCAAGAUGUCACAGAGGCAUGAUUUGCUUGCAACGCAGCAUGUCGUGGACUUCAAUGCAACACCACGGCAAACAUUUCAGAAGCGCGCAGUACCUCCAUCAUUGCCAGCGCCAGAUUUGCAUACAAUACCGCCGCCGGUUGUCACACCCAAUGCAUCCGAGGACUAAGGAAAUGGGGACAUUGGCAAUUCAAUGUACAUUUCACCCAGGUUUCGCUUCAGGAUGAUUUGUAAGCGAGUUAUCGUGACUAUCUAGUUCAUAGUGGGUCUGUAAAACUUCUAACCUGCCGCUUUAGAGGCGAGCUACUUGAUGUCGCUUUCUCACCAGCUAUUAAAUGCCUUGAUCACUAAAUUGCGAGGUGUCAAGUCGCCAUUCCAUAAGCGUUUUGCGAGAGGAUACCGUGUCGGAAUGUUUAAGGCCUAGGACUUCCGUUCGCAGCUCGCAGCAGCUCGUCAUCAACGAAAUUGCCCUGCUUAUAGCACCCUGGGAUUUUAACGUAAAUGCUAAGUUGGCCAUACUCGUCAUUGAGGAGGGAUGCUCUUCCCCAAGCACCCUCUUCCUCGUCUCCAUCACUUGCACCUCUAGCUUUUCGGCCUCCUUCCAUCGACCCUGAUUCCAGUAUAUCAAUGCGAGGUUGGCUAUGCUAGUCAGCGUGUUAGGAUGCUCGUCUCCAAGCACCCUAUCUCUCGUCUCCAUCACUUGCACCUCUAGCUUUUCGGCCUCUUUCCAUCGACCCUGAUUCCUGUACGCUGAUGCGAGGUUGCCUAUGCUGGUCAGCGUUUCGGGAUGCUCUUUCCCAAACACCCUCUUUUUCAUCUCUAUCACUUGCACAAACAGCUCUUCAGCCUCCUGCCAUCGACCCUGACUGCUGUACGUUGAUGCGAGGUUGCCCAUGCUAGUUAGCGUGUUGGGAUGCUCAUCUCCAAGCACCCUCUUUCUUGUCUUCAUCACUUGCACCUCCAGCUCUUCAGCUUCCUUCCAUCGGCCCUGAUUACUGUACGUCCAUGCGAGGUUGCCCAUGCUGAGCAGUGUUUCGGGAUGCUCGUCCCCAAGCACCCUCUUUCUCGUCUCUACCACUUGCAGAAACAGCCCUUCAGCGUCAUUGUAUUGUCCGUCACUCAGUAGCGCCUCAGCGCAUUUCCAUACUAGCUCCAUCUUUUCCGUGCCUUCCUGAUCACGGUGACUAUGCGACAAAGCGUACUUCGCAUGUGGCAGCAUCCUUCUCCAUUUGCUUCUAUUACCGUGACUAUCGUUGGGAAAGACCCUGCAUAGUCGGGUAAUGGCUGUCUGAGUCCAUUCGCCUAGCAUCCUCCGCUUCCCAAUCCACUCACGUAGAGCACUGUGUACCAUCCGGUGUAGAUCGAGUGCAGACUCAGCAGGCCGCCUCGUAACAAGCUUAUAGCUAUUAAUGAUUUGUAUAGCGUCCUCCCUUUCGCGAGACGAGGGUGCUUCUAGGAACUCAAGCAAGAUGUCUUUCCGGUCAACGCACGCCGCAAGAAAAACGUACUCGGCUGCCAGCGGACUAUCAUGGCGAAUCUGCUCAAUUGAUAGAUGAAGCGUCGUCGCUACAGAACUGCCCAUGUCGUUUUCUUGUAGCUUACUGUCUAAUACGUUGCUGAUGCUAAGGAGGUCUGCCUGAUGUUGCUUAGAUAGCCGCAUGCGGUAGUCCUGCAGCGUGAUGUUCCUAACAUUGAUGUAGGCCGCUGCCUGGACAAUCGC